AUGCUUCUCGCCGUACUCACAUCUUUCCUUCUCGCUUCCCAAUCAUGGGCACAGCCUAAUGGAUACACGGCAAACAGUCACCUCUGGUACGAAACCCCGGGCCAAGACCUGAAGUCCGGCCUUCCCAUUGGUAACGGGAGACUGGGAGCCCUCGUUUAUGGCUCUGCUAUCGAAAAGAUCACACUGAAUGAGAACUCCGUCUGGAGCGGUCCUUUCCAGGAUCGUGCCAACCCCGGCUCUCUGAGCGCUUUCCCUGUUGUCCGUGAUCUCCUGACGAAGGGGAAGUACACGGAAGCUGGACAACUUACACUGCGAAAUAUGACUGGUAUUCCUACGGACACUCAAUGGUACUCAGUCACUGCAGAUUUAUUUCUGGACUUUGGACACAGAGAGGAGGGGUGGUCCGGCUAUGAAAGGUGGCUCGACACACAAACGGGCAUCACUGGAACGGUGUUCAACUGGAACGGUGUUAAUUACACUCGAGAGGCGGUCGCAGGGGCUGACGGUGGAGCUAUUGCCAUGCGUCUCACGGCGAGCCAGCACGGCGCUCUGAGCUUCAACACCAGCUGGUACCGUGAGAAGGGCAUCCUCAAAAAUACUUCUUCUUCCUGCGCUUCGACGUUGGUUUUGGAUAUUGGCGGUGACGACGCUGGUUCUAUUCCGUUUUCAACUGCCGUCAGGCUUGUGGCUGAGGAUGGGUCUAUUCGCAAAGGCAAUGACUCUAUGAUUUCGGUUGAGGGAGCCACUACUGUCGAUAUUUUCGUGAACGUAGAAACCAGUUUCCGAUGGGCUUCCACUGACAAGAUCAAGGAAGAGCUUACACGCCAGCUGGAUGUUGCUGUUAAGACUGGUUUCGACACAAUCAAGUCGCAAGCCGCCAAGGAUCACCAGUCUCUGAUGAAAAGAGUUGAGCUUGACCUUGGUUCAAGCAGUGAAGCCGGACUCCUGACUACAGACAAGAGAAUAGCCGCGUACCGUGUGAAUGCCACCGCGGAUCCCGAGUUCUUGACGCUCAACUUCAAUUUUGGGCGUCAUCUGCUGAUCUCUUCUUCCCGAGCCAGUGCAUCUUCGGGAAUGGGAGUUCCUGCAAACCUUCAGGGAAUUUGGAACGACAUGUACUUUCCUCCAUGGGGAAGCAAGUACUCCGUCAACAUCAACACGGAGAUGAACUACUGGCUGGCUGAGGUGACAGACCUCCCGGAAACCCUGCCACCCCUGUGGGACCUGCUUAGCCGCACCCGUGACAAGGGCCUCAUCACAGCCAAGGAGAUGUACGGCUGCCCAGGUUGGGUCUCCCACCAUAACCUGGACAUCUGGGGCGACUCUUGCCCGAACGCCAACGGCACGGCCUACAGCCUAUGGCCCUCAAGCAACCUCUGGAUGUCUCAGCAGUUGAUGGAGCGCUACCGCUUCAGCAACGACAAGAUCCAAGAGUGGCGCCGAGACUACGUCGAGGCUGAGCCGGGCCACCGCCACAUCUCCCACCUCAUUGAACUCUAUCCGGAGCGUCGCAUGACGCCCCUCGUAAACGAAACCCUUGCGGCAGCAGCCCGCGUCUCGAUCGACCGCCGCCUCGCAAACGGCGAGGCCACUGGCUGGGCCAAGGCGUGGAUAGCAGCGUGUUUCGCGCGCCUGUUUGAUGGCGAAGCGGCUCUGACACAGCUGCAGGGGCUGCUGAGGCUCCACUCAUCGACAAACCUCUUCCACGAGAUUGAUCAGGGUGGCCCCUUCCAGAUAGACAGCAACUUUGGCCUUGUGGCAGCGGCAGUGGAGAUGUUUCUGCAGAGCCAUGCUGGAGUCGUGCAUUUGCUGCCUGCUGUGUCGAGCAAAGCGGGGGCGGGAUCGAUCAGUGGGCUCGUUGCAAGGGGUGGAUUUUCUGUCUCGAAAUUCAAGAUUGAUGGCCAGGUGGCUGAGAGCGUGGAGACUGAGACCGGCAAGACGUAUACAAUCACGCUCUAG